AUUGUAGUUUGGCGCUCCUUCGCCCACUCGCUCGCCUCAGAUUCGUCCGACUAACCCAGCCCCUACAUAUUCCUCUAAUUUGCUUCCCUCGCUUGGCGCACACUGCACAUUGCACACCGCACACUGGACUCUGUCCUCCACCCUGCUCUCCAUGACCGCUCCUCUUCCCUUCCCUGUGCCACUGCCAACAUCCUUUACUUCCUCAUCCAGCAUCGACCAUUCCUUCCCAAGCCCCGCAAGCACAACCACAAUCUCAACCACCGCCACCGUCUUCACCAUUCCAUCCUCAAGAUCUCGCCAUGCUUCCGAAUCGCGCAUGUUCGAACCAAUCCCCCCCUCCAACCUACUAAAGAUCUACAAGGGAUGCUCCAAUUGCCGCACACAAAAGAUAAAGUGCAACGGCCAGGAACCCUGCUCGAGAUGUCGUGCAUUCGGCCUGCAAUGCCAGUACAUCGUCCUCCCCAACCAGGCUGCUCAUAGACUCGCGGCACUAGCCGCCGCCCCCAGCUCUUCAGCAAUACCCGCUGGACCAUCAUCUAAUCUUUCUAUACCACCCUCAGCCGCAAACUCACCAAGUUCAUCCUCAGCAUCAACAUCAUCAGCAGCAUCUUCACGGGCGCGCUCUACAAGUAAGUUUCUUUAUCAACACUCCCAUCGAUUACAUACUGGAUCCGAAUUCUGGAUGCCUCGAUGUCCUUGGACGGCGGGUAUCAUGAGCAAUCGUCGAUCAAUACAACGGGCGUGAUCAAGUGGCAAUUGAGAAGACAUCUCAUGUUUUUACUUCCUCUACACUCUCCUGCUACAACGAUGGCAACAACAGAACCCUUUUUUCUAUUUCUCCUCCCUUGCCCUCGCUCUGAGUUCUGCAAGGUGUGCAGGCGUGCAUGGCAGUCAAACGCUGAGCCCCCAGAUUCCCAUGCCGCACCUCGUCUGCCUUUUUUUUUU